AUGGCAAAUAGCGACGAGGUGAAGUCAGAAAACGCACUGAUGGGAUCUGGUUUCGUGUCCCUCAAGGCCAAUGAAGACGGUCUGCAAACGGACGACGAGUGCCUGCUGCCAUCACUACCAACAGUGGAGCAGAUGCAGAGAGAUGUCGCCAACGCCACAUGUGAACUUCAACGACCGUUCUUUCAGCCCGUGGACAAAUGCCCAGAAUCUGGUGAAGCGCCUGCUCAACAAAAUGUGAUGGAUGUGGAACUCGAACCAACUUGUCGAUCCGCCUCUGUUGAAGCUCGGAUGGAGACUAGAUCGUCUGAUGGACUACCAAUCACCUCCACAAAGGACAGUCUUUGGCCAGACCAAAAGGUUCCAACGACAGAGGAUGCAAUUGACGGCUCUGGAACAUCGAAAGAAGAUCCCCUUCAUCGUACCAGGGAGGAGACAGUGUCUGAGGAGUUGAUCAUCAAUGGAAAGCGAUAUCGACAUACUUAUCAAAAGCGGACCGUCCUCGAACGCCAGAAAACACGGGAAGUGUUCAUUUUGCCUGCAAGUCCGAAAUGCCCACGAAUAGGGGGCGAAUGCCAUGAGGAGAAGUACGCGUCUUCUAAUUUCGACAACUACCACCAGGCGUUCGAAGAAAGCGGGGUUCGACUGGAAUUGUCGGUGAAGAAUCUAGAGGGCAGCUUCAACCCCAUGGUGGUGGUUGUGCCCCAGACCGAUUCCCCGGGAACGCCUCGUUUAAGGUCGAGCAGAAGGAGCAGCCCGAAACAAGGCAGUCCGGUGAAGACUAUUCCUGAAGUGGGGGAGGAAAACGAGGAAAGCGAUUCAGUCUUUGCCCCGAAUUCCGGUCCAAUAACGGUGACUUCUCCUGACGUCGAACCACGAAACACUACGACCACGCCGUUAGUUGUAAGUCACAUGUACCACUUUGGUAAGUGGGGCAAGGAUGCGGCCAUUUUGGAUCCACGGCUGCCAACAGGUCUCAAGUUGCCUGCUGAGGUGUGUGGACCCGAGGACUCCAUCUUCAGCGUGGCCCCGGCAGAGUGGCAUCAGUCGGACAUCACCUACGGCGGAGGAACUGCCGGCUCGUCGGGAACGAAGGCGAAGGCUCGGAUCGUCGCCUGUCUACAACGCUUCACCCAGCGCAGCGCUCAAACCGGCAAACAGCUCUAUCGUGGCACCUAUGUGCAGCACACCAAAAUCGCCAGAUGGCGAACAUCCAGCAGGCCUGAUGAACCUCCCCAGUCUGCUGAAUCGACACCGCCUUCCUCAGCUGACCAGUCGCCGAUGGCGAGGAAGCCACCGUUGCGUCCGCCAGGAAAUUUCCCCGAAAGUGUUGCUAACGUCAGCGAGGUGUGGAAGCAGGGGGCCCGGUCGCCUCUGGGCAACGAAGGCGAGGCCUUCUUCCCCCGCGACGACACGCAUCGCCCCCGGCCCCUACGCGCCUGCUCCUACCGCCGUCUCCAGCUCCUGCAGUCCAUCUGUCCGGCCGCCGCCGCAGCUGUUCUCAUUCUGGGCAAGCAGAUGCCAGAGAUGCGUGGAAGCGGCAUUUCGCCACCACACACCCCCUCGAACUUCACCGUCACCGCUGACGCCUGGUGCCCGCGAGCCCUCAUGCUCACUGAACCCGACGCCAACGCCCUCAUCUUCUCCGCCGCCAACAGCGCAGCAGCACCCCCUUCCGUCCCUUGCCACCCAUUCCGAGGUGGAGUUGCCUUUCGACAGUCCUCGAUGGUGGGUGCAGUGACUCACGACUGGGGUCUUCCCCUCAAGGUUAUUUCAAGGUCACGUCAACUGGUGGAAUGGAUCGGUUCCCUCGGGAAUGUCAACCCAGCCGUGUGGAUAAAAGUGCGUCCGGCACUUGACUCAGCCUCGCGUUUCAUUGGUUCCGACAAUUAA